UAGCCGUCUUUAACCAUACUCAUUCAGUCCGUAAAGAAUGGGAAUGGAGGACGAUGGAGUCGAUGUUGAAAAAGUUUUAUAAGUGCGUGUCUGUGCCUGUAUGUGUGUGUGUGUGUGUGUGUGAGUGUGUGUGAGAGAGAGAGAGUUUGGAGAGCUGAGCGCUGACGCCGGCGGUCUGGGCCACUUGGCCGGCGCAAAGGAAAAAGGAAAACUGCUUGACUGCUGCGGAGGGGGUGAAUUGAAACUUUUGGGCAUUUUCCUCGUGUAUUUUUUGAAACAACAAGGAAAAAGCAAAACAGCGGCGAUUGUCACGGUAGCUCUCUCCACAGUCAGUGAACGCGUCGGGGCUGAGCCUGCUCUUUGUGGUCCCGAUUUCUCAGCUUUCGCGAAAGAAUGUGUUUUUGUCUCCGAGGACUUCAGAUGGAGUAGGGCAGUUCAGUGAAUUUCUCCAUGAAUGUACGUCACAAUGAUGAUGACAGACCAGAUUCCACUGGACUUGGCUCCGCCCCCCCUCCUGAACGGAGAGGUCCCGCUCAUGCCUCACAUGGUUAACGGUGACGCAGCACAGCAGGUGAUCCUGGUGCAGGUGAACCCGGGGGAGACGUUUACCAUCCGGGCAGAGGACGGCUCACUGCAGUGCAUCCAGGGUCCUGCUGAGGUUCCCAUGAUGUCCCCAAAUGGGUCAAUUCCCCCUAUCCAUGUACCCCCAGGAUACAUCUCACAGGUGCUGGAGGAUACCACAGGGGUCCGCAGGGUGGUGGUGACCCCUCAGUCUCCAGAGUGCUACCCUCCCUCCUACUCUCCAGCCCUCUCCCCCACACACCACCUGCCCCCCUACCUGGCUCACCCUCACUUCAUCCCAAACUCUCACUCUUUCUACCCCCCUGUUAGCCCCGGGGAGCUACCCCACCACCAGUACUACCAGCACCACCUUCCCCCCAUGUAUGGCGAUCCAGAAAUCAUCCCAGUUUAUGGGAUGUCUAACUACAUAGGCAGAGAGGACACGUACAGUAAGCCACAGCCCAAAAAGAUAAAGGAACAGAGACAACUAGAGCGACAGAAUCGGCUUAAUUCCCCUCCCUCCACGCUGUAUAAGGGCAGCCUGGGGCCAGCACACAACGGAUACAGCAACAAGUCACAUGCCCCAUCGCUUGGGUCAGUGGGGUCGGGGGGCGGAGUCAGCAGUCCAGGAGGAAAGAAACCAGAGAGACGACUCCGCAGCAGUCCACGAAACAGUGAACCAGAGACACACACACAAGAUCAUGAUUCAGAGGGGAAGCGUGUUCAAGACAUGCUGUCUACAAUCGACAAACCACAGGUGUCCAAUGUGCAAGCGCGGGCUGCACGAUUGUCCUGGGCCCCCCCGGCAGGGCUGGUGAACAGGCAUAGUAACGGGAUGCCUGUGUCCUGCUCCUACGAGGUGUCUCUUUCAGAUAAGGGACGCGACGGAAAGUACCGCCUUAUAUACAGUGGCGAAGAAUUGGAGUAUCAUCUGAAAGACCUAAGGCCAGCAACAGACUACCACGUACGGGUGUCUGCAAUGUACAACUCGGUUCGAGGCUCGUGUUCAGAGACCGGCUCGUUCACCACACACUGCAGCGUCCCUGAUGUCCCAUUACCCCCGAAAUUCUCCCACCGCACCAAGAGCACCCUCACCCUACAGUGGAAGCCCCCAGGCGACAACGGAUCCAAAAUCACAAACUACCUGCUCGAGUGGGAUGAGGGAAAGAAGAACAGUGUUUUCAGAGAAUGUUACUUUGGGAGCCAGAGACACUGUAAGCUGACACGACUGUUCCCCGCCUGUGGCUACACCUUCAGAGUGGCUGCACACAACGACAUAGGCACAAGUGGCUUCAGCACAGAGGUGGUGAUUUGCACCAUGGGCACCCUACCUGCUCUGCCUCUUGCACCACGGCUGGUCAGGGCGGGGGUGUCCUGGGUGACCCUGGAGUGGGGACGUCCUGAGGGCAGUCCAAGUGAGGAGCAGCUCAAAUACACACUUGAGAUCCAGGAAGACAACAGCGGAACCGACUUUCAUCCAAAGUACACUGGAGAAAACUUGACCUGUACUGUACAAGGCCUGAAGAGGAGUACACAGUAUAAAUUCAGGCUGAUAGCAUCGAACAUGGAGGGAAAGAGCAGUCCCAGUGAAGUGUUGGUGUGCACCACCAAUCCAGACAAACCAGGCCCUCCAUCUACACCUUGUGUCACCGCAUCAACGCCCUACGGAUUUACUGUCACAUGGGAUCCUCCCCAGGAUAACGGGGGCUCAGAGGCUCUUACAUAUCUGCUAGAGAUCUCAGAGGGAUGCUCUGAAGCGAGCCAGUGGGAGGUAGCAUACAGUGGUCCAGCAACAGAAUGUGUGUGUGAGCGCCUGACACCUGGGACCAUCUACCGUCUACGUGUGUGUAGCAUCACCACCGGAGGACACAGCCAGUGCACUGUUAGUGUUCCGGUCCGUACAUUAAGCGUCCCACCAGGGCCCUGCCAGCCACCAAGGAUUGUGGGCAAGGCCAAACACAAGGAAGUGCAGUUAGAAUGGGACUCCCCUGUCUCUGAGGGAGUGUGUGAGGAGUGUGUGUUCAGUCUUGAGAUGAGUGAGGGGGACACCAAGCCAGCAGAGGUGUACCAUGGUUCGGAGCUGCAAUGCACUGUCGGCAGUCUGCUACCUGGUGCCACAUACAGCUUCCGACUGCGGGCUGCGAACGAGGCUGGGUUCGGAGUGUACUCAGAGCCAACAGAGGUUACGACUGCAGCGGGUCCUCCUGGCCAGUGUGGGGCACCACUCAUAACUCUUACCAAUAACACCUGCGUAACGCUUAACUGGGAGAGUCCCGAGGGUUCGGGUACAGACAUUUCUGAGUAUCGUUUGGAGUGGGCGAGAGAAGACGAACCUAUGGAGCUCAUCUACUGCGGAUCUGCUACACAGUGUGAACUGUCAGACCUGACGCCUGCCACAGAUUACUGCUGCAGGCUACAGGCGGUGAAUCAGGCAGGUGCUGGUCCUUACAGCGAGCAAGUGAGUUUCCGAACCCCAGCGACGAAUCCCGACCCGGUCUCUUCUCUCAACCUCCUGGACCUCCCGGUCUCCUCAGAGUCAGGUCACUCUCCGUCUACCUGCCUCUUCCUGAAGUGGGAUGAGCCAAACAGCAAUGGGGCGGAGAUCACCUGUUACAUCAUCACCCUGGAUGACCAGACCAUCACUGUGGAAUCAGGGACAAGUCACCUUGUCUCCGGCCUGCAGCCAGACAGCGAAUACAGUGUACAGAUCCAGGCAGUUAAUGCCAUUGGCUCCAGCCCCUCGAGUCCACCUCUGCUGGUGAGGACACGCCCCCUCCCUCCGGCCCCGCCCCCUCUCGAAUGUUCGGCGGCCGGCCCUCAAAGCCUGAAACUGAAGUGGGGUGAAAAUGCCAGCAACACACACACGCGUGCCCUGCUCGCCGACGACAUGGUCUACACACUACAGAUGGAGGACAAAAACCACAGGUUUGUGACGAUCUACCGCGGUCCCAGCCACACCUACAAAGUGCAGCGAUUGACUGAGUCCAGCAGCUACAGUUUCAGAAUACAGGCCAUCAGUGAUGCUGGGGAGGGUCCAUUCUCUGACACACACACCUUCUGCACCACCAAGUCUGUACCCCCUGCCCUCAAAGCUCCCAGAGUGCACCAGCUGGAGGGAAAUAUGUGUGAGAUCACAUGGGAGACAAUCCCACCAAUGAGAGGGGAUCCUGUGAGCUACGUGCUACAGGUACUGGUGGGACGCGAGUCAGAGUACAAACAGGUUUUUAAGGGAGAGGAGGGUGUGUUCCAAAUCUCUGGUCUCCAGGGCAACACAGAUUAUCGUUUCCGUGUGGGCGCCUGCCGCCGUUGCCAGGAUACGUGCCAGGAACUGUGCGGACCACUGAGCCCCUCCUCCUUGUUCACGCUGCGUCGCCAGGAGACGGCAUCGUCAGGAGAGCUGUGCGCCGUGGAAACGGGCAAAGGGGCGGGCCUGAUCUCCAGCGACGAGCGAUUUGCGGCGCUGAUUGUGUGCGUGUUCGCGGGCUUCUCCAUCCUCAUCGCCUGCUUGUUACAGUACUUCUUCAUGAAGUGAGGGAAUUUUAACUAUAGGAUAGAAAGAGAAAGCAAAAUCACAGAGAAACUAUUAAAAAACGUCUAUGAAAGAACCGAAUGAAAUCAAAACAAACACUUGAGAUAUACUUCUAAGGCUAUGUAUGUUUUUUUUUUGUUUUGUUUUUUUUUUUAAUCAAAGUAUCGAAUCAGGCUUUCCUUGCCUUGUUCCUGUUGUCUUCUGCCUUCACUCAGUUUGGUCUCAUUUCUCUCUAUGUCUCUGUUGUCUUUGUAUCAUUGUCUGUCUCAUUUGUUAAGGAUUUCUGUCGAGGGAAGCCUUGUCUUAGCUGUACCUCGGUUGGGAAAGAAAACUGAUAAUCAAGCCUUAAAAUAGCUGUGAGCAAAGCAGUUGCUCCUCAGACUGACUUGCAUGUUUUUAUUUUGUAUCUUUUUAAAACAUAUACAAUUAGAGAAAGUGUAUAUUUCUUGACGGUCAUUGACUUACUUUUUUGUUUUGUUUUGUUUUUCAAUGUUUAAUUUGCAUUUUUUGCUGCAGUCUUUAUUCAUUCAGCCAUAUUCCAAUGUAGGCCUUCAAAGCUUUAGCCGUUCAUACUGUUAUUAUUCAAUUUGUUUCUACUCUACAGGCUGUCAGUCAAUUCAUACAAUCUGCACCUGCUCUCACACACAAACACAGACUGACAAAGACACGAUGCACACACACACACACACACACACACACACACACUUACAUAUGUAUGCACACACGUACAAUUACACUCAUGCAAUGACAAUGAGAAACAAACAUUUCCUCCUAAGAAGUCAAUCACAUAUCUGCUCAGCUUUUAACAUUCAAUCACUCACUCAUUCAGCUACCAAAGUGAUGCAAUCCAUGUGUGGUGUAAGAUGCUGCUAUCCUGUGAUUUUAUUAUAACUAAGAAAGAAUGGAAAACCAGUAAUCUAAUAUAUAUAUACACACAAUAAAUAUAUAUAUAUAUAUUAUAACAAAUAUCUAUGAUGCUAUAGAAGUGAUGUAAUAUAAGUGAUGGCAAUGUAAGGUCUGAAGUACGGUGUGAAAGGGGAGGAGUUGACUCUAGGUGCUCACAAACAACAGCUCUGAGGUCAGUUCAGCAGCUUGUGCUUACCGUUGAAGGAGCCCUUACGCGCUGGCCUCGAUUUAGAAUAUGAACCAUUUGCAGGUAUUUGAAUGUUAACUGUAUGGGGCAUAAACUGGCUUUAGGAAGCAGGGCUUGGACCGUGAUUGGCUGCGACUUGCCAGGAAAAGGCUGGCCUGAGCAUUUGACUGGCUCUCACUUCCAUAUUCUACCAUCUCAAGUACUAUUGCUCCAGCCUAUUUAUCUUUAGCUUUAGUAGCUAUAUGCCCGUAGCAUCACAGACCCAGAGGUGCUAACAGCCUGCCAGCUAGCCGCCCUUCUCAGAGCUGUGUGUGUGUGUCUGUGUGUGUUAACCAGGAAAGCCAUUAGGAGUUAGCUUGAGCUUUACCCCUCUACAAUUUAGCCAGCCACCAGCCAGAGCAUUGCUGAAGCUGUAGUUUCUCCUUCCAGCUAGUCUGUGAAUCGAUACAUCUGAAGACUCUUCUCUUCUUAUCUCCUCUCCUGCCCAUAAUUAUAUGUAAUUACCUUUUGCUCUGGCUGCUCCUCUCUUGCUUUCAAUCCAUCCCAUCUCUCUGCCCAUGCACUACUCUCUCUCUCCCUCCCUCUUUUCUCUCUCUCUCUAUUAAAAGGUGCUUUAUUGACAUGUAAUCAGAGCAGUAGCAAGUCUGUGGUCUCUCCUCAGACAGACAUGUUCUCUGGGGACUUGAACUAAUGUUCACUAAACAAACAAGCCUUUGACAGAACACAACUCAACGGAACAGGGCAUUCUGACACGCAUUACACCCCCUGACCUUCCCCCCCUGACUCCCGAAACCCUUUACCCCAACCCGAAAACAAAGCCAAGGUACAGCCCAAUACAUACCCUGAUGAUCCAAAGAAGUCACCCUAAACCCGCAUGAUUAACGAGUGACAUGUCCACUUUUGUCGGGUGGGGUGUGGGGAAGUAGGGAUUGGGCGGGAAAACGGGGUUAAGGAGCGGCGGGGGCAGUAGUUUAGCCCCACCGCUCAGCUCUGAUUGGCAGCCUGUAACGUACCUCAGGGAUAAGGCCUUACAGAGGGGAGAUCUAAUCCUGUCAUCCCCAUCGCUGUCAUCACAGUCAUUAUAUUAGCCUCUCUUCCUUUUUCUCCCUGUCUUCCUCCCUUCUCUUCUUCUUUUGUUUUUUGAUGCUGUAUCUUGUCCUCUGUCUAUGCUGUGCCUUGCUCCUGUAUGUGUCAGUAAGCAAAGUGGUUUACUAGCUCAAAAUACCUUUGCCAAAGUCGAUGGGAAAGUUAAGGUAGAGUUCUUUUGUAGGUUUUAUUUAUACUAUAUAUUUGCAUACAGUACUUUACAUGCCAAUUACAGUGCAAUCUUCAUUUAUUUAUUGUUUAAAGAUUAAGAGACAAGUGUAGUUAUAUACUAAUUUUUUUUCCUUGUAGCAUGUUUUUUUUUUCUUUUUAAUUUUUUUUUUUAAUGGAUGUAUGUUAGAUUGUAUGAUUAAGGCCAGCAUUCCUUAUCUCAGUAACCCUUUAAGUAUUUCUCUUACAGCUGUUGGGAACCUGUAGCUCAUCAGUCCAUGCCUUGCAGUUAUCAUGCCGUUUCAAACAUGUAACCAAAUGCCUAUGUAUUGUUUUUUUGUUUUGUUUUUUUUCAUCUCCUGUCUCAGCCAUGCACAGCCGAGCAGUUCUUGUAAUGCUUAGAGAGACAUGUAGCAAAGCCAGGCCUUAGGGUCAGUUCAAGUCAUCUGUAUUGGGAUAAACGUCGCUGCCUUUGGCUUUUUUUUUUCAGAUUAGUGUUAUAAUGAAGCUUCUGAUAUCUUUUUACUGUUUUAUUGCCAAAGUGCAGGCUUCUCGUGUCCACUAGUUGUUGCGUUUCCAGUUGUCUAAAGGGUUCUGUGAUGUUCUUCUGUAACGACACAGCAUUACGAUUAUUAUUAUUGUUAUUAUUAUUCUCUGAAAAGGAAAAAAAAAACAUUAACUUGAUCUGUGAUUAUGCUUCUUUUCAUAUUAUCUUUUAUUAUUUUUGUUUUGUUUUGUAAAGCAAAAUGUGCCAUUUUGAAAUGUGUAGCCCCUUUCGGAGGAGAGUUUUUAACACAACCUGAUUUCACACUGAAAAAAAGGCAAAACAAUCAUACAAUGAUUUCAGGCAGAUGAUAAUAAUAAUAUUGUCGAUUCCUUGUUCAGGCUAGUGCUGGUAUAGCAGUAGUGAGUAUUUUGUAUCCAGUAUUUUGCUAAGAGAUGAUAUACAGAGAUAUCUAUAGAGCUAUAGAAUGAGAUGGUAAAUACAUUAUGACUAACAGAGUUGAAGCACUUUUUUUAUGCCGAGCAUUAGUCUUGAUGAGGUUAAUAUGAGUGAGAGGAGACAUGCAGUCCUUCGUUCUGUUCCAAACACUACUGCCAACGCCGUCUGUUACAUUCAUUGGCAUUAUUCUGUCGUUGGCGUCACUGUGACAUUGGCAUUACUGGAGCAUGGUUCUGUGCUUCUCAAACGGCACCCUGCUCCCUGCAGAAUGCAAACUACAACAAACAAAGGAAGUACAGUUCAUAGGGAGCACGGUGCCUUUCUCAGACGUGCUCAUGGUGUGUCUACCUAGCCUGUUGCAAUGUAGUCGACAGGUUACGCGUGAGGUGUCCUGUCCUUAAACCCCUGAUGUUAUGUUGCCCACCCACAGCCCCCCCUUAUUCCCCUUUUCAAGCCUUAACAACCCAAUGGGAGAGCAGGUCUGGCCAAGGUCAGACCAGUCAUGUUAGUGUCGAAUAGUCCGAGGUUAACACAGUGUUAACCAAAAGGCUGUGUGUUUGUGGGAAGGGUACUCCCUUUAUGUGCUUUGUUGUUUUUGGGUUUUUUUUGUUUGUUUUUUUUAAAUGCUGGUGAUUUUAUAGACCUCCCCUCCCUACCUACCCCCACCCUACCUACCCACCCUGCAGGUCCUGCACAUUUGGCGGGUAUGUUAAGA